UGAAAAAGAAGAUGACGAAAGUGAAAAAAGAGAAGAACCUGGGGACAACUGGGAGGAGACUGGGGGUGCUGUAGACAGAUCAUCUGGUCCUUGGAACAAGUCAGCUCCUGCACCAGCACCUGUCGUUGAACCAGUUGUUACAGAAACCCCAGAACCAGUUCAGACUGGUGGUGUGUACAGGCCGCCUGGCGCCAGGGAGGGCGGCAGGCCACGGAGAGCACAGCAAGGACCACCGGAAAUCUAUAGCGACACGCAGUUUCCAUCGUUGCAGUCCACCGCCAAGCUCGUAGACAGUCGAAAGGAUAAAGAAAUGCAGAAGAGCUUUGAAGUAGUAAAACACAAAACUAGAGGUAGGGAUGAGGUCUCAAAAAACCAGGCACUUAAACUUCAGCUAGACAACCAGUAUGCUGUGCUUGGGGAUCAGUAGAGCUGCACACACCUUACAAUUCAGGAAUGCUUUUUUGGUAACCCUUCUACUAAGGUAACUAAACUACAGCUAACGGCUAUGACGAACAUGCCACCUUAUUUCUGCUGGAUCUACUGCAGCAAGUGCAGACUACUUUGACCUAAGUGAUCGGUUCUCCCGCACUAUGGAAGCGUAAUAUGUUACAACUUCUCCAUUGGAUAUGGGGCAAAUUAAUGUAAAUGAUUGAGCAAGAGUCAUCAGUGUUCUUUAAUUGCUCAGAAAGAUACCUACAGCCAGUGGUCAUUUCAAAAUCUUUUUAUGUUCAGAUACUGAGCCUUCGUAAAGGUUGACUACCUCAGACUUGCUGCACUCAUUGUGGACACCAUGUGGAUCACAACUUCUGGAAGAGAAGGUUACAGCUGUUUUAGUGGCCAUCUGAAACUUGAAACCAGCUCUACUGGAUUCCUGUCAGAAAUCCUGCAGAAGUCAGCCAUUUGGUUCCAAUUUGCUAUAACAAAGAUUUAAGUGACCUUAAUGACAAACCUGUUCUGUUCCCCUUCUGAGGAAUCCUGUCAUGCGUAGCCAUAGCUGACUAGAGACUUCUGGAGCGUACCAUACCACUCAUACUGUCCAACUAUAACGGAGCUGUAGUUUGUUUACCUUCUUAGAUAGCUGUACUGAAGUAACUACAAAACAAAUUAAAACUCAUUCCCUAUCGGAUUUGAGGAAUGAUGGGUUUGAAUGGUCUGUUUGCAUUAGCCACUUUUACAGUUGUCUGUUUAAGCUUUUUUCCCCCCUCCCCCCACACCCCCUGCUGUUCUCCACCAAAAAAAAAAGCCCGCCUUGAUUCUGGUUUCAAGUUGCAGCAUAUUCAAAUAACCCUGAGAUGUUGUAGUGAAAUAGGGUUUGUUUUGGUUUUCGUCAGGAUUGUCUUU